CACUCAAACAUUCCUCCCGCCAUCAGGCACGAGCUACCUACCGUGUCCAAAUCAUACUGCUAGGCUCACAUCUCACCAAGUGCCCGAAUACACCGCCUGCUCACACCCUCAAUUAAUCGCUUCAUCAUCAAUAUUUAGGCGUGCUCAGGUCAGAUCGACCGUCAAAGCACCACCAGAUGAUCCCGGCGCCAAACGAGGACGGGAGCGCUUCCAGCGGUUCCCUUGGUCUUGUUCAUCCUUCUCUGCCCCCUAAGCCCAUCGCGACCGCUCAAUCUACGAGGUCGGUGUCCUAUGAAGAUGCAGUAUCGAGAUCAUGGAUCAGCGAUACUCCCCCUCGUUUCGACUCGACACCUUGGUCCUUUUUUCCGAUCUCUCAAACUCCGUCAGCCUCCCUGAUGAACAAGGAUGCUUCCCACAAUGUACCAACCGGUUUUUCAUAUACUGGCAAUCGGGGCCGCAAGGGAGGACGCUCAGUCAAUGACAUUCCAAGGAGAUCGAAGCGGACCGGAGGGCCACCUAAAGCAAUUCUCGGAGGCGUAGGAGGGAAAACUUUCGACGAGAUGAUGGUGGAGAAAGCGAACGGCAAGACCCAAGCCAGGCGCUCGAGUCCAGGACUCGUGCACGUCGGCUCACAGGAUAGGCUCGACAAGCCUUCAGCGGGAUACACCGAUAUUUCCGGUGUGAGAGUGUCGAGUGACACAGCCGCUGAACCGUUGCGCCUAACAACGGAUUACAAUGGGACUGUAUCGGAAAGAGCCAGAAGAAAUAAACUUGUUUCGAACCGUCGCAAGGGGUCAGUUGCAUCAACUACGGAUUCAGAGGAGGGCUCGUCAGCCAAGUAUGCGACCAAGGACACCCAGCAACUCGUCCAUGCUGCCAAUUCAGACGCCACUCCAUCAUGGCGAGGAAAGGAGGUCCUGGUCCGUCUUCCAAGAGAGGAUGGAUGGGUUAGUCUCUUCUCCCGCGCUGAGGAAGUCAAAAGUCGGCGUGAAUCGGCCGAAGGAGAGAACAAAUUGCGCCAGGUGGAGAAGGCAGUAGAUCAGGAAUCUACCAGUGCCUCAACUCUUCUAGUCCCCUCACAACAAUCCUCUGUUGAAACUGGCACCGGUGAAAUGCCUCGCCAUGAGGUUAUUUCGAAGGGAAGAUUCGGAAACAGUGCCUAUCUCAAGCGGUCGCUCGGUGGAAUCUUGAAAGAAGGGACCUUGAAGACAACACCGUCAAGGACGCAGCGCCGGGCUGUUUCGGACCUCUUCCCAGCCCAAAAUAUGGAACCAGACGAACCUGAAAAGCUUGGCAGUCUGGAGGACACGACUGCUUCAGGCAAUGGCCAGCAGACGUCUCCUACCUUCCAAGGAUCCCAUUUUGAAGACAUCUCGCUCUCGUCCAUGACCACUAGCAGAGACGGGCCGACGGAUAGGGCGGGUAGAGUCCAGCUCAGCGACGGAGAGCGAACACCCCGACUGAUUGGCAAACCUGAGAGCCUCAUAGGAGAGGCAGGCUCCCAAUCCCUAACUUACAACAGUGAUUUGCUUACGAUCAUCCCUGCGAAGCCUCGAAGGAGGGGAACUCUUGACCUGCAAUUAUCCGAAAAGGUCUCAUCGCCGGCUAGGGACGGUUCAACCUCUCAACAUGAGGCUCACCAUCAGGAUUCAAAGCAGUCUGGCGGCUUGCACACCUCCGCAGCAGCAUAUCAUUCUAGUCCUUUGGGGAAAGAUUUGUCAGCACACCCGCUCCAUCCCUCCUCUGCAGGAACUUCAACGGAGGCAACUCGGGAGCCGGCCGGCGAACAGAAGCAGAUCAUCAGUUUGAGAGCCAACGCACCGAUUUGGGCGCCUAUGGCCCAGUCUCGAUCCAUCUCAGUCGGAUCAUCCAAAACUUCCGGGCUGUCCGACCUAGAAUCGGAUGGAGGCAAUUCUAUCGGAACGAGCGAGACAGAUAUUCUGUCGCCCAUCAAGCAGCCUACACUCAUACCUCCACCAAAGCUCAGACCCACUGCCGACCCAUUUGUGCCUGUAUUCGCCACCGAGACGAACAUGGUCUCAACCGCUCACCCAGUAGAAGCAUCGAAGCGCCUAGUGUACGGAUCCGAAGGGGAUACGACUGACAAUCCUGUAAGCCUUCGACCUCUUGUGACUGCCUUUGCUCCUGCCUAUGCAAGCGGGGACUACAGACAGAGGGAGGGAGGCCAAGCACGACUACUUGGUUCUUCUGGCGCUGAAGGCAAUGGCAGACUCGUUCCCGACACCUUCCGGUUCGUGCCCAAAUUACGCCCGACGGCGGCUGCCUUCACGCCUUCGAGCUUUGGGCAAAAGCAAUCGGCCGUUGUGGAUUCGCAGAUUUCGCCGGCAGCAACCUCAAGCCAAAGAUCAUUGGCCAGGAGCAGUUGUACGGGUGCAACACUCACCCGCAGCACUGGUGCAUCAGCUAUACGCAACAAAUCCUGAACUGGAAGAGAUUCUCAUCAGGACUGGACCCGGCUCGGUCAUGGACGGAGGGGAUAGCGUUGACCUUAGCGGCCUUUUCUUCCGUACCCCACAGAAGUCGCCAGAAAUGGAGGCCGUCGAGUUAGUGGAUGAAGUCAAGCGACAAUCGGAUGAGGUCGGAAGUGCAGAUUCUGGAUCACGCGAAAUAACGCGUCGAGGG